GUAAUCAUUUGCAGGUAAAAUGUUGCUUGCUGUGCCCACCAGCUGCUGCUCAGCUCCUGUCAGUGUUUCUUUGUGAAGGAGGAAGGAAUUGCCAGCUGCAGGUCAGAGAAAUCCCCGUAUAGAAUUAAUGAAGGCAGGAGAACGUGCCACUGCAAACCUGUUUGGAGGAAGGGAGAGCAGAGAGUGGAGCAGAAAGCACAAGAAGAGAUUAAAGAUCAGCGAGCAGUUUCCAUUGGCUGUCUUAAAAUUGCAGCUUGGUAAUUAGGCAGCUCACAAAUAGCUCAGCUCUGUCUGCCUGCUCAGAUUGAGAACCUGUCACCACUGCGAGGAGCCGGACUGAGAGGGAGCAAAAGCAAAAGCCAUGCAGGGACCGAGACCAGUGGUUCUGAGCGGCCCAUCAGGUGCAGGGAAGAGCACUUUGAUAAAGAAACUGUUUAAAGAUUAUGAGAACAUCUUCGGCUUCAGCGUCUCUCAUACAACGAGGCAGCCGAGACCCGGAGAAGUAAAUGGCAAAGAUUAUCACUUUGUGACUAGAGAAGAAAUGAAGAAAGAAAUCGAUGCUGGUGAAUUCAUUGAGCACGCAGAGUUCUCAGGAAAUAUGUAUGGGACGAGUAAAGCUGCGGUGCAGGCUGUUCAGGCCAAGAACCAGAUCUGUAUCCUGGACAUUGACAUCCAAGGUGUAAAGAACAUCAAGAAGACAGAGCUGAACCCCAUCUACAUCUCUGUGCAGCCUCCAUCCAUAGAUGUCCUGGAAAAAAGACUCCGUGACCGACAGACUGAGACAGAAGAAAGUCUACGGAAACGUUUGACUGCAGCCCAUGUAGAUUUGGAACUUAGUAAAGAGCCCGGCCUCUUUGACUUAGUCAUUAUUAAUGAUGAUCUAGAAAAAGCCUAUUCAGAACUGAAGGAGCAGCUCCUGCAGGAAAUCCAGAAGGCCCAAGAAUCCAGGAAGUCCUGAGCGGAGCCUGCCUGGACGUUUUAACUUUAUCACGUCAUUCCUGAGCUCCAUCACAGCAUUUCAUUCCAAGAGACAUUCCCUUUUAGUCCCAUCCUCCUCCCAAGUUACUCUAGGAUAUUUCUAUUAAAAGGAAGGAAAACCAAA